UUGCUCAUAGUUUGUAUCAUGCAUAUGGUGUCCUUAAGAGGCUUGGAAUCCCUCAUCCUCCAGUUAUGCCUUUUAUUAAAUAGAACUUUUAAAAAUGUCUUCUACUGAUUUUCAAGAGAAAUGGCUUGCUAAAAGUGGAAACUAUUUGGUUAUUAUUUGGGUACAAACAUAGACAUUGUAGUAGCUGAUCUUGACAUACUCAAGGAGAUCAUGGUAAAGCAGUCCAACAAAUUCGUCAAUACAGAUAGACAGCCUCAUCUAAUGAUUGAAAUACGUAAGAAUAACAACAUGGGACCAGGAUUGCUUUUUGAGCAAGGUGAGGAGUGGAAGCGUGUCCGUCGUAUAGUUACUCCAACUUUUUCAAGCAAAAAAACUUAAGCUGAUGAUGCCACUAGUUGAUAAAAGCAUCAAUUGUCUAUGCAGUGUAUUGGAAGAUAUUAAUAAAAAGGGACAAAGUGUCAACGUACACAAAAUUUAUGCCCAGUUUACUUUGGAAACAAUUCUUGCAGUAGCUUUUGGUUCUGAAGUAAAUGUAUUAAAAGGUGAGGGAAGUGCACUUUCAGAAGCAGCUAAUGGAUUUUUCACUGAUUUAAAUGAAUCAUUCCUCAUUUGGCAUGAAAUUAUUGACAGUUACUUCCCUACUUUGCUGAGAUUACUAAGUGUCAUUGGUGCAAGGAUCCUACCAUUAGGGAGACACAUGAAGGUUAUCAAUGAUACCUCAUUGAGUAUCAUAAAAUCAAGAAGAGAACAACAAGUGGAACAAAGCCACAAUGGUAACAAGAGAGAAGAUUUUCUUCAAUUAUUAAUGGAUGCUGAAGCACCAGAUGACCCAGAGAAUGAGUCUAGCAUUAAGGCUUCAUGUGUACUAACUGACAAACAGAUUGUUGGUCUCUGCUUAGAUUUUAUGCUUGCUGGCCAAGAGACAACUAGUAGCUUGCUGGCCUUCACUUCAUAUCUUUUAGCAAUAAACCCUCAAGAGCAAGAAGAACUGUGUCAAGCCAUUGAUGACUACUAUCAGGAAAAUGAAAAUCCUUCUUUGUAUGAUGCUUCACAAAGCAUUCCUUAUCUUGAUUGGGUCAUUCAGGAGACACUGCGUAUAUAUCCACCAGCACCAACUAUGGUUCGUUUGUGUAACGAGACAUGUACAAUGAAUGGUGUCACAACCCCUGAAGGAUGUAGAAUUAUUAUUCCAAUACUAAAGAUACACAUGUCACCAGAGUAUUGGGACCAGCCGAUUUUCAAUCCAAAACGGUUUAGCCCAGAAGGCAACGAGGGUAGGAAUCCUCAGGCUUACAUUCCUUUUGGUUCAGGACCAAGGAGUUGUAUUGGAAUGAGGUUUGCACUAAUGGAGGCUAAGGCUUGCUUAGUGAGUAUAUUGAGGAAGUAUAGGUUUGAAAGAUCACCUGAUACUCAGGUACCAUUGAAAAUGGUUCUAGGCUUUACACAAUUUCCUAAAGAUGGUAUUUAUCUUAAAAUUGCAAAAUCUUCAACUGAUUUUCAAGAGAAAUGGCUUGCUAAAAGUGGGAAGGUAUUUGGGGAAGUUAACAAAAUAUGGACAUUGCACUACAUUGAAAUCCUCUCCUUGUCCGAAAUGAAGAUAUAUACGUCACCAGAGUAUUGGGACCAGCCUGAAGUUUUCAAUCCAAAACGGUUUAGUCCAGAAGGCAAGGAGGGUAGGAAUCCUCAGGCUUACAUUCCUUUUGGUUCAGGACCAAGGAGUUGUAUUGGAAUGAGGUUUGCACUAAUGGAGGCUAAGGCUUGCUUAGUGAGUAUAUUGAGGAAGUAUAGGUUUGAAAGAUCACCUGAUACUCAAGUACUGUUGAAAACGGUAGUAGCUGCUUUGCAAUAUCUAAUAGAUGGUAUUUAUCUUAAAACUGCAAAAGUUUGAAUGAACAUACGACUGAUUCAGUCUCCUAGUAGUUGACUUAUUUCUUUACGCUGACUAUACAAGUUUGAUUGUCAAUUUAUUACUUUUUACUGUGUCUGAUACUUUACUUUUAUCCAUUAAUUUUUGCUGCAUAGUUAGAAUUGAAGUCAUAAAUACA